AUGGCGAAUGCCACGAGGCAGGUGCUGAUGCAGUCCUGGAGAUGGCUUUCACAAUCGCCGAUGGCAUCCAGUACUGUGAAACAGGGAAUCAACGCAGGUCUCACCAUUGAUGCGUUUGCUCCUCGUCUCAGCUUCUUCUGGGGCAUCGGAAUGAACUUCUAUAUGGAAAUAGCCAAAAUGCGUGCAGCUCGCCGCCUGUGGGCUAAUCUCCUCAAGGAGCGCUUUAAUCCAAAAAGUGACAAAUCACUGAUGCUUCGCACUCACUCGCAAACCAGCGGAUGGUCCUCUAUUACUGAACAGGAUCCAUACAACAACAUUAUUCGAACCACUAUCGAAGCUAUGGCGUCAGUGUUUGGUGGAACGCAAAUCGCUGCACACCAACUCCUUCGACGAGGCCCUCGGUUUGCCCACGAAAUUCUCGGCUCGAAUUGCUCGAAACACACAAAUCAUCAUCCAAGAAGAGAGCGGAAUUUGCAAGAUCCUUGGGGAGGUUCAUACAUGAUGGAAUCGCUAACGGAUGAAAUUUAUACUAAAGCGAGGAAAGGUAUGAGAGUGAUUGAUGAAAUAAUGGAACUGGGUGGAAUGGCGAAGGCUGUUGCAUCGGGCAUGACCAAGCUAAGGAUUGAGGAAGCAGCUGCCAAGAAGCAGGCUCGUAUCGAUGCUGGAAAAGAUGUUAUUGUAGGUGUGAACAAGUACCGUCUUGCUGAG